AUGGGACGAUGGCAACGCCUUGUCGGUCCGUUCCUCUUGGCCAUGGUGACGAUAUCGGCCUCAAAUGACGAUGCGAACGGUCAUGCCCAGCAGUGCGGCGGCGGCGUCGCAUUAGAGUAUGUCGUUGUGGUCCACACAACCGACCCUCUCGGGGUCAUUCUCUCAGACAAACUGCAAGUGCUGUCGUUCGUCCAAGAUGAGAAUGGGCGCGACCGCGCCGUUGAAGCGAGCGGGCUUGUUGAGGUGGGGGAUGCGCUUGUCGGAGUCAACGAUGUCUUGACCGAAGGCGCGGGAUUGCACACGGUCGUGAAUUGGAUUCGCGAUGCCGACGUUCCGAAGAAACUGACAUUCCGCGCGCAUAACACGUCACGAUGCGUACCGCUUGAAUCUGCCAGCAUGAAUCACGACGUGGAGAGCAUCAACUUUGUGGUGGCGGCGCAGGGAAACCAGCGGUCGACGGAGCUGUACGCGCUAGUUUCAGAAUUUGGUGACGCGAUUGCAUGCGAGCUGUAUCCCAUCGUGCUGGCGGACCCAACUCACGCCUGCUUGCCGCUCAACAACAACGUUACGGGUCGAUUCGUUCUCGUGCAGAGCUCUCGACAGUGCUCGCCACAUCAGCAAGCUCUCGUCGUGGGCCGCAGCGGUGGAUUUGGUGUGAUUUUGGUCCAGCACGAAGGAAAGAAAAUCGAGAGUGUGUUGAGUCCGCGCGGGUGGAUCGGAACGAUUCGCACGCCGAUCGUGAUGGUGUCGCAAGAAGCAGGCCGGUACGUGGCCGAUCUCACCACGAGCGCCACUGCCGCUGCCCCCGCAACGAUCCAAGUCGUCGUAUCGGACACGUGCGCUAAGCGAUACCGUGACCCGACUCUUGUCGCGAUCACGAUGUCGGAGAAGCACGCGAUGCUGAUCGAGGCCACGUCCGGCGACCUCACAAUUGUGUCACAAGAUGGAACGUCACAUUCAGCCGAGUUUGUCAAAGCGCGCACGAGUGGAGCCCUCGACUUGUUGCAACAUCCCCUUGUCAUCGUGCCAGGCAAUUUGUGCCUCUUUACGUCGUUGGUGUGGGUGCGAGGGUUGUAUGUCCUGUCGCAAGUCAGCCCUUCGUGUCCCAUCGAAGCCCAACUUGCGAAGCUAGUCGACGCAGGUGCGACGGGGGUGCUGUGGGCUGUUGAGAACGCCAACGCACCCGACUCGGUCGUGAGCAUCGUCGAAAUUCCCACGAGCUCGACAACAAUGCCCUUCCCAUGUGCAUUCGUGUCUCGGCACACGCUGCAUUUGAUCAGCUUGUGUGCAGAGGACGGCCCCGUGUCGAUUGCGUUCGCCCCCAACAAUGCUUACGCGUCGCAGUAUGAGGAGCUGCAGGUGGUUGCCGAUCCAGCCAACUGGCCAUCAAGUUCCCGGGGGCGCCGCGUUCUCUACCAUCGCAUGCGUAAAGCGAUGGACAACAGCGACGGCAAAUUACAAGCGCUUGACCUGUGCUUUCAAGCCGCUGAAGCGCACCAUCCACCGCCCGUAGAAAUCAAAACAAAAGCAUCCGAGUGA